AUGUCGUCCAUUGACGAACCGGUCAUUGCGCCUGCUUCCGCCGAGGUUCCUAUGGAGGUCGACGAGAAUGAGCCUCCUGCCACUCCGGUAGACCCCACCGUCCUCUCUGGAGGUGAGGAGGUGGUCAAGUCUAGCCCCGAGCUUGUCAAGGAAGCUUCCAAGGCCUCCCCGGCCAAGGUUAGCCCUGGCGCGCCUGGUGUAGUGAAGCGUACUACGUCCGGAACUGCUGUUACCAAGCGGCCCACGUCGUCAUCCGCAUCGAAGCCUACCACAGGUACUACUCGUACGAGCACCAGCAGCACCCUCAACAAGCCGCCUACCCGCCCUGUGCCCACGACAGCCACUCGGAAGCCGUUGAGUAGCUCUACAACCUCGUCCCACCGGCCCCGAAUGUCCGUCAGUAGCUCCGCAGAUGAGAAGCCUCGGUCCGUGGCGAGUUCUGGAGAUGAGAAGCGUGGCAUUUCUGGCACGGCGAAGCGCAUGUCUAUGGCCGGUACUACAACCACCCGGGCCCCUCUGAGACCAACUUCGUCUUCUAUCGACCGUCGAUCAAGUGUCGCUGGUCCCACUGCGGAGAGGAAGCCUGCCACUACAACUUCACGCACCGCGACUUCCACGAGCAAGCCAGUUGGUCGACUGACUUCUGCUACCACCCCUGCAGCCCGUACUACUCCAUCGACAUCGACCACUCGCCCGGCUACCGCUCGCCCCACUUCUACGACUAGCACCGUCAGAUCUGCGACUGGCGCAGACCCCAAGAGGCGAUUGAGCACAGUUCCUGGUUCCUCAACUGCUCGUGCUGGUGAGUCUGAGAAGCUGCAAGCCCUUCAGACGAAGCUGUCCGAGAGUGAGGAGACUGUGGCUAGUCUAAAGACUGAGCUGGAGACUGUUAAUGAGAAGCUCAGCCAGCUCUCCAUCUCGGCUGAAGCACCAUCGGGCGAUGCAAGUGCUACUGAGGCUACUCGGGCGGAGCAGCACACCCUAGAGAUAGAAAGGUUGACUUCGGCUCACAUGGAGGAACUCCAGGCCCUGAAAGAUCGAUUGGAGGAAGCGGAAACCCAGCGCAAGGAGCUGGAAGAGAGCUCCCAAAAGGAACUGGAGGAGGCCAGGCAAUCUGCCUCCGCACAGGGCGAUGAGAAGACAGUUUCCCUUCUCGAUGAGCUCAAGGAAACCCACAAGAUUCAGCUUGAGGCCAUCGAACAAGAAUUGGUAGCUCACAAGGCUUCCGCUGCUCAUUUUGGAGAGCAAAUCAAUGCUUUGAAUAACGAGCUUGAGCUCCAGAAGUCCGCCCUCGAGGAAGAGAAGGCUCGUGCCCUUGAACAUCUCGAACGUGACAAGCGUUAUGACCUAGUGAUGGAGAAACUGAACACAGAGAUUGUCGAAUUGAGAACACUCAAGGAGAAGGAGGUCCGUGCCGCCGAGCAAAAUGCCGAGGAGAAGGUUUCUGCGCUUCAGGAGCAGGUGACGUCUCUCGAGGAGAAGCUCGCUGCAGCCGAGUCUGCGACCAAGGAAAAUCCUGGGCAGACAUCUUCGAUCGCUGAAAAGGACCAAGAGAUCAUCGGCCUACAGCAGGCUCUCGAAAAGGUUCAUGCGGAACUCCAGGAAGCCCGUGGAAGCGCAGUCUCCGAAUUGGACUCCAAGAUCGAGGAGCUCGGAUCUGCCCACCAGGCCGCCAUUGCUCAGCUCAAGAUUGAGCAUGACGCUGCUAUCAGCUCUCUUUCAGCAGCCCACGCAGAGAAGCUCACUCUUGCCGAGGCGACCGCUGAAUCGAGCGGCACGGAACACACUAACCAACUCCAGGAGCUCCGUGAUGCUCUCGAAAUCUCAAGAGCCACUGCCAAGAAGGACCAAGAGGAUGCCAUUGCCGAGCUGAAGAUUGCUCACGACGUGGAGUUGAAGUCCCUCCAAGAAAAGCUUGAGGCUUCGGAGACGACUGCCAAGAAGGGCCAAGAGGAUUCCAUCAACGAGCUGAAGAUUGCUCACGACGUGGAGUUGAAGUCCCUCCAAGAGAAGCUUGAGGCUUCGGAGAUCACUGCCCAGAAGGGCCAAAAGGAUGCCAUCAACGAGCUGAAGAUUGCUCACGACAUGGAAUUGAAGUCCCUCCAAGAGAAGCUUGAGGCUUCGGAAACUGCUCUCAACGAAAGCCGCCGUGCCCUAGAUGAAGGCAACGCUUCUGCCCAAGACGUUGCUGUUCAGGAAAUCGACGCCCUUCGACACAAGUGUGAGUCACUUGAGUCGCAAUUGACCACCGGCACUGGCAAGAUCAACGCCCUUCUUGAAGAGAUGCAAAGCAAACAAGCUGAAGCUGAGGCAAUUCAUCGCACUCUCUUGGAUUGUGAAGAUCACGCUAAGAAGGAAAGCGCCCAGAAGGAUAACAAAAUGAGGGCUCUCGAGGAAAAGGCCGCCGAGGCUAUAUUCCUUCUCGACCAGCACACUGCGCAGGCCGCCGAUGUGUCGGAGCAGCACCAAAAGGCACUAGAUGGCUUGAACUCCACCCACGCCACACGCGUGCAAUCCAUCGAGAGUGAAUUGAAGGCAGCACUUGACGACCACGCUGGCGAGAUUGAUUCUCACACCGAUGAGUACACUAAGCUUCAGAAGCAAUUCGAGGAGACCAAGGCCGAGUUGCAAGCUGAGCUUGCUAAGUUGCAGAUUUCUCACCAGGACGAUGCCGAGGCUCAUGCAAAGCAAAUUGCUGAGUUGCAAGUUGCCUUUGAAGAAACCAAAGUCAAGCUGCAGGCUGAACUCGAGGCCGCCCAGACCUCCAAGGCUGCUUCAGCGGAGUCUGAUGCCGAACACGGCAAAGCAAUCGAGCAGCUUCUCACCAUGCAUGAGUCCAAGCUCUCUAGUCUCCGGAAGGAACUUGAGAGUUCCAACGAGUCCAAAAUCGAGGAGCUCCAACGGGCUCAUGACGCAGCCCUGGCUAAUGCCAAUGAGAAGCUCGAUCGGGCUACGGCAAUUGUUCAGGAUACCUCCGCUUUGGACAGUUUGAAGGCCACAAUUGCGGAUCUUGAGAGCAAGCUUGCUGACUCCGAGAAGGCCCGCAUUACCGUCCAGGAGUCCGCUACAUCUGCCGAGAGUCGGUACGCGGCUCUCAACAAGGAGUACCAGGCGACCAUCGCUCAAGUCACUGAACUGCAGCAGUCUGCUCUUGACUCGACCAGCCAGAAGUCACACCUUGAGCAUAUCAUGAAGCAGCUUUCUGAAUCUCGCGACCAGCUUCUCAAGGCCAAGGCCGACAACGCCGCCAUUUCGGACGCUCUCGUUGAUUGUAAGACUCAGAACAAGACUUUGACAGAGAAGGUGGAAGCCGACGAGCGUGACCUGAACAACCAGAUCGACAAGAACAUGAGUCUUCUCGAAAAACUUGGCGCCGUUGACUCCGAUAUCUCUGCCAGCCGACGCCGAGUCCGUGAGCUCGAAACAGAGCUUGCUGUCCUCAAGGCGGACAGUGGAGAUAAGAGCAGCAGCUCGGGUUUGGGCGCCAGCCGUUGGGCGACAGCCGACGAGGGUAGCGAGAAUGCUGAAGAUGGGGGUCAAGCCACAACGGAAGGUGAGGACCUAGGCCCAUCCAUUGAGGGAACGAUGGCAAGCAUCCAGGAACAGCUUAAGCACGUCCGAAUGGCCCACGAUGAUUGGUAUAGCGACCAUGGCAGAAUAAUUGGCGAGCUGGCCAACCUAUCUCAGCAAGCCAGCCCCGCUCGCAGCCUCUCGACGACCCCUCUCUCGGAAGUACCAACAUCAGCCAAGGAGCCAGAACCUACCCGGACCCGCGCAGCAACAGUCUCGUUCUUCGGCAAAGGCUGA